GUUCAUUGAGAGGACCGAUCAGGUCUGGUUCGUGCGCAAAAAUUUUGAAGUAUUAUUUUAUUAGGUAGUUAAUUUUGAUAAAUAUUCGGCAGUGACCUCGGUGCCAUUUUUUUUUAAAAGUUUAUUAAUGACAAUGAUUGAAUUCGUACUAACUUUGAUAAAAAUAGCCUUUGGGGCAACUACAUACAUUGUUAAAGCAAAAUGUCUCAAACUAUGGCCUCCGGCUGAUCGUCCGAUUGUGACAGUUCGUCAAGGAAAACUUCGUGGAAUGACAGCGACUCUUCCGAAUGGAUCACGUUAUCAUUACUUCAAGGGCGUUCCAUACGCUAAGCACCCGAUUGGACAGCUGCGAUUUAAGCCCCCAGUGCCGCUGGAUACUUUCGAUACGCCUGUGGUCGAGUGCUUAUUAGAGCGUAGCGAUUGCGCUCAGCAAGAAAUUUUUACCAAACGGGCUUUUGGAUCGGAGAAGGGUCUCUACAUGAAUAUUUACACACCGGAUUUUAACACUACCACCGGCUCUCAGAAGUAUCCUGUUAUGAUCUAUAUUCAUGGUGGUGGCUUUCUGUCCGGUACCGGAAGCAGCAUAUUUUACAACCCGCUUCAUUUGAUACAAGAAGGCGUAAUUGUGGUUACGAUGAACUAUCGGCUGGGACCACUUGGAUUUCUUAGUUUGCCAAGUGCCGGGAUCGCAGGAAAUGCUGGACUUAAAGAUCAACUACUGGUGUUCAAAUGGGUGAAUGAAAACAUACACCAGUUUUGUGGUGAUCCUGACAACGUGACUGUGUUUGGGGAAAGUGCCGGUAGUAUAUCAGCGUAUCUGCAUUAUCUGUCGCCAAACUCAAGAAAAUAUUUCCACCGAGUAAUUUGUCAGAGCGGAAUACCUUGCUGCGAGACAUUCUUCCAGAUUUCUGCAAGUCAAAAGGCACGAAAGUUAGCCAACAUUUUAGGAUACCAUGGAACCACCGAUGAGGAAGUAUUAGAAACCUUACUCAAAGCAUCGCCAAAAUCUUUAAUCGAUAAUCAGGAUAAAGUAUUAACCAGUGAAGAGAAAAGUUUGGGGAUUAAAUUUGCCUUUUUGCCAGUUAUUGAAGAUAUUUUCAGUGAAGACAGCAUCAUCACCCAGACUCCGGAAGAAAUAAUAAAAUCUUCAAUUAGUCUCGAUAUGCCCCUUAUCGAUGGAUGCAAUAGUGGCGAGGGAAUUCUUUCCUUGUUUCUAAUGAGCAGUUCGAUUCAUUUGGGAAAUAAAGAACCGGAACGAUUUGUACCUCAAUUGCUGGGCACAUCCGAACGUCUAGAUCGUGUUGAAGUUGGAAAACUCAUUCGCAAAUUUUAUUUUGGUGACGAACCAGUAACAAAAAAUACAUGUGAGCAAAUAAGUGAUGUAAUGGCCGAUAACUAUUUCUUUACCAACUCGAUGAUCAACGCCGAAUGGAUGGCUAAAUAUCAACCAAAUACUCCUCAUUAUCACUAUAGAUUUACAUUCGAUGGGCGUUUCAGUUUUGCGAAACGAUUGUUCAAACAAACCCAUGUUAAGGGAGCCUGUCACGGGGAUGACGUUUUCCAUAUAUUCAGCCCGAUAUUCCUACCAAAUCUACCAGACGACAGCCCGGAAUGCCGCAUUCGGCACACAUUUGUAAAACUUUGGACCAACUUUGCCAAAUAUAACAAUCCCACUUCUGACAGUGAUUCUUUGGGCUUUAUGUGGAAACCCAUUGCAAAAAUUGAUACAGAGACUGAUGAGUUCAGGCUGGACUGUUUGGAGAUUGACACCAACCCUAGAAUGAUACAAAACCCAUACCCAGAGCGUCUCAAGUUCUGGAGAGAGCUACUACAGCAGUACAGGCCAAAUUUUCUAUGAAUAGUAUUUAUUGUAAGUUAGUUAGAUGUGUAAAUUAUUUUGUCGAAAAGUUUGAGAUAGCAUAGAAUACAGAUACACAGGCUCGCAUAUGUAUUGUGUGUAAAAUUUUAAAUAAGCAGCGUGGCGAAUACUUGCAGAUGUCACCGUGAUCAACACUAUUUUGAGUGUUGCAUUUAUAACACGCCACUAUUUUGAAUGCUACAUCCACUUUCCAUUUAAAUUCACGUGAAAACUGUAAAUGAAGUUGUCUUUUACACUAAUGGAAAUCAUGUGAGAAGUGUUCAAUUUGUUGGAGUUAGGAUAUUCCUAUUACUGGCGUACCGAGGCAAUAUCUGUUAUCGGUAGUGAUAGAUCAUAAUCUGCAUUAAUGAUACUUUUAUAUAUACUUAAAUAAGAAUCAAUGAAAUAAAAAAAUGUUU